AUGAAUCUAGAUUUGGAAAGUAACAAUAUGAAAAACGACAUUGAUAACUAGCCUGUAGAAAACGCAGAAGAUGUGCUGUCAUCAAAACCUCCUAGCAACGGAAGCAACCCUUAAAUGGACUCAGAUAUUAUUAAAGGAAAAGAAUAAAAAAAGAAAUUGACUAAACUUGAGAAAAUGAAAAGAAAACAAGAAAAAUAAAAAAUAGUUACUACUGCGAAAAUCAUAAUAUUUUCAGAACUUCUCAUAUCAACCUUAGUAGUAUUGUAGAUGUGCUUAUUUUAUGCUAAGAUUUAUAUUUCUAAGUAAGAAGCAUCUAUUGCAUAUAUAGUUUUAUACAUUUUUUCUGAUGUCUUAUUUAUUUCCUCUUGGAUAACUUCUUUUGCAGCUCUUAUCCUAAGAAAUAAUAUAUGUCUUAAUUAUUGUAAUUUUUCGCUCGGAUUCAACAUAAUAUUCAAAAUUGCUGCUCUAAUUGUUUAUCAAGUCUCCUGCUCAUAGUAUACUGAAAUACCUUCAAGCAAUUUAAUAAUCUCUUUAACUGUUAUUAUGAUAUUUUUAUCAGCUUUCUUUAUUUAUUUGUACUCUUUUAUGAAGAACAAAUGGAAUUUCAUCCCAGCAGACAGAUGGUAAAGAAAAUUCAAUCCUAAUUUACGUUACGAGGAUAUUAAAAAGACUAAUAGUAAUGCCACCUAGUAAUCUAUAAGCAACUCUGUGAAUACAAAUCCCUAAUAAAUCAACCCAUAAGCUAGUAUCAAUUAAUGA